CGUGCUCUUCAAUCUCGCCUCUCCUUCUACCACCACAGCUCCAUCCUCUCAGUCAUGGAACGUACCAACGCGAAUCGCAGAGAGCAGUACAAGAAUAAGGCCCUUAAACAAGAUGAUUUGAGACGCCGCAGGGAGGAGCAGCAGGUCGAGAUCAGGAGGCAGAAGCGCGAAGAGAACAUUGCCAAGAGACGGAACUUCGCGCCCUCCUCAGGUGCCGAUUCCGAUGAGGAGGCAGCAUCCAGUAACUGGGACCCUCCGCUUGCAGAGGAGAUGGUCAAUGGCGUCUUCUCCGAUGACCUCGAACGCCAGCUGGACGCCACCACCAAGUUCCGCAAGCUGCUUUCAAAAGAGAAGAACCCUCCUAUUGAGAAGGUUAUCGACUGCGGCGUCGUGCCUCGCUUUGUGGAGUUUCUUCGCGGUGGCCAGUCCAUGCUCCAAUUCGAGGCGGCCUGGGCUUUAACUAACAUCGCAUCUGGAACCCAAGAGCACACCCAAGUCGUGAUCAAGGCCAACGCUGUCCCUGAGUUCAUCAACCUGCUUUCUUCUCCAGUCUUAGAUGUCCGUGAACAGGCCGUGUGGGCGUUGGGCAACAUUGCCGGCGACAGCCCUACAUGCAGAGAUUAUGUCCUCCAACAGGGCGCUCUCAGGCCGUUAUUGACGCUUUUGAGCGAGAACCACAAGAUCAGCAUGCUCCGCAACGCCACCUGGACGCUGAGCAACUUCUGCCGAGGCAAAGCACCUCAGCCUGAUUGGGAGUUGAUUGCUCCGGCGCUCAAUGUCCUCACGAAGUUGAUCUACUCCGUCGAUGAUGAGAUUUUGAUCGACGCUUGCUGGGCUAUCUCGUAUCUUUCCGAUGGUUCAAACGACAAGAUCCAAGCCGUCAUCGAGUCCGGUGUCUGCAGGCGUCUCGUCGAUCUCCUUAUGCACCCGUCUACCUCCGUCCAGACCCCUGCUCUUCGGUCUGUAGGAAACAUCGUGACGGGCGACGACUUGCAAACUCAGGUUGUCAUCGCGUCCGGCGCUCUCCCUGCCCUGCUCUCCCUCCUCUCCUCACAUAAAGAUGGCAUUAGGAAGGAAGCUUGCUGGACGAUCUCCAACGUCACCGCCGGUUCUCCUCCUCAGAUCCAAGCCGUAAUCGAGGCCAACAUCAUUCCUCCUCUGAUCAACAUUCUCCAGAACGCUGACUUCAAAACUCGCAAGGAGGCAUGCUGGGCGAUUUCCAACGCGACGUCGGGUGGACUUCAGGAGCCAUCGCAGAUUCGUUACCUCGUCUCGCAGGGUUGCAUCAAGCCACUGUGCGAUCUGUUGGCGAUGAUGGACAACAAGAUCAUUCAGGUGGCGCUCGAUGGCCUUGACAACAUUCUGAAGGUUGGCGAGUUAGAUAAGCAAGCCUCUGGACCCGGCGCAAUCAACAAGUACGCUCAGUACGUCGAGGAGGCUGGUGGGAUGGUCACCAUCCACAACCUCCAGCAACACGAUAGCAUCGAUAUCUACAAGAAGGCCUUCAACAUCAUGGAUAAGUACUUCCCUGAUGAGGAGGAGAUGGAUGCCGUCAUCGCCCCCGGUUCUGUGGAUGCCAGUGGCACAUUCUCAUUCAAUGCCAGCGAAGGAGCUCCCCCGCCCGGUGGUUUCAGCUUCGGCCAAUGAUCUAUCUCACGUUUCAUACCUGUACGUUGUACGCCUCUCGGCCUUCUUCAGCUGUUUUUCUACACCAUGACUCUUGGUCGCGCUUCAGUUGUUCUUUUCAUACGAGUUCGCUUAACGUGUUUUUUUUUUGUCAUUUACUCCCCUGCAACGAUUUUUCCAUCCUUGUUCUAAGUCUGUACUCCUGGCCCACGCCGUGUUUUUCUUCCUUCAAGUCAUCUGUUGCGACCCUCACUCCUGUUGCUUUGUUUCUCAAGUUCUUCCUUUGGUUUGGUACUGCCUCGGUAGGGCCCGAUCAUAUUUUUCAUCGCCAUCUUGGUGAAACAAAAAAGUAAAUGAGGAUUAGAAAAAAUAGUGUAGCACCCUCUUUUCAUUUGUUGCUGGAAUC